CACAAGAGCAAUGGCAGCAACGGUAGCGCCAGUAAUGGCCAUUCGCACGCACUGCCAAACUUCGAUGAGGACGGCCUCAUAAUACCGCGAAAGCUAAUCAACCCAUGCGUUGACUCGCACGAGAGGAAGAGUGUCCACAAAGAGAUGCUUUGGAACCAAAAAGUGGGCAAAAACGUAUUGAACUCGAAGAAUGAGUUGGAGAAAGAGUUGGCCAAACGAAAGGACAACCAGAAGAAGCGGGAACUGGAGGCCGAAAAGCUGUCCCGUCGGUCGAGUCUGGAGCGCCGGCUGGAGGAACAACAGCUCAAAAUACGACAACACGAGGGGAACGGCGAUAGCCAGCCGUCGCCGUCGGCGAGCUCUUCGUCGCCCGACAAACAGCCGCUGGAGUCGGAGUUCCUAAAGAUAUAUUCAAAAGUAAAAUGUGCCACAAAUACAGAUAAUAAUAACGAUAACAACAACUGUGUCCUCAAGACGAGCGCCACUCCAUCCACACCACCGAUGACUGCCUCCAAGACAUGA